AAUCUCAAAUCAUUAUUCAGCACAGACUCAUUUGGUAGCACACAUGUCAGACGAAGUCAUUAACGCCAACCCCACGAUAAUCAACGUGGAGUCGCUUCCCACACGUCUUGGAGCGUACGAGCUGGCCCAAACCGCCGUCAAGUCAAAGCUCCUUGACACUUUCACAUCACUUUCCCUUUUUCAGACGGAAAACCUAUCAUCACCUGAACUCACAGGAGAAAGCUCCGACAACUGGUCCGACGACGACGAACCCGAAGAAGAAAUCGACGCACAGGAGAUAUUCGAUCUCAUUGGUUCCAUAUCUGACCCCGAACACCCGUUGACAUUGGCUCAACUUGCGGUGGUCAACUUUGCGGAUAUCCAUGUUAAAAAUGGCCCAGACAAGCAUAAAGACUUGUCGGAGGUGUUAAUCAAGAUCACUCCUACCAUCACACACUGCUCUCUUGCCACGUUGAUUGGCUUAGGAAUACGAGUGCGUCUUGAACGAUGUCUUCCACCCAGGUUUCGUAUUCGUAUCUUGGUGAAAGAAGGCACGCAUGAGUCAGAAAACCAGGUGAACAAGCAGCUUAAUGACAAGGAGCGUGUUGCAGCUGCAUGUGAGAACGAGCAGCUUCUCACUGUCAUUCUGCAAAUGUUGGGCAGUUGCAAGUGAUUUAUAUGAGUUCAUUAGGAAGUUAUAUUAUGUAAAAUACAAACUCAAACCAGACAGUUGACAUUCGAAUCUCCACCAAACUUUGUGGAGCGGCCUCGUAAUACAUCAUAGAAAUCUAACAUUAUUUAAAGCUCUUUUAACCAUCAAGUGUUACUUUCUUUUCUGUGCUUGGAAGAGUAGGAAUGUCCCAUUUUGACCGAUAUGGUAAAUUGCCUCCUGUUUUUUGCACUCAUCAUACUGUUCUGACUUAUGCACGCAUGUAGGUAAUUCCGAGAUGGCUGAAUCAAUUUGGCACCUUUCGUAGUAUAAUUAGUAGUUAUUUCUACCUCCGUAAUGGUAGUUAUCCAAGCUUUCGGUUAAAUUAUUACCUUGGCAAACUAAAAAAGUCCUUUCUAGUGAUCGAGUUGGAUGUACAUCGAUUUAGAAUGCAAUACCCUGUUCGUUCAUAUCUUCUAAAACAAAAAUGAUGUUUU